GGUUUUGACCCGGCGGAAGUGAGGGGGCCGUGGGUCUGACCCGCUCGCUUAGGCCCUGGCAUUCGGGCGUCGCGCGCGCGCGCAGAGCGGGUUCUGACGCCUUCGCUGGGGGCUCCUGGACGCGCGCCUCCACUGCCUCACGGACCCGAUUCAGAGAAUACACUGCUGAACCAGAGAAAGACAAACUCCUGACCUAAGGAAAUACUCUUAAUUCUGAGGAGAAGCUGGAAGCACAAUGGGAGAUGACAGUGAAUGGUUAAAACUGCCAGUUGAUCAGAAAUGUGAACACAAGCUAUGGAAAGCAAGGUUAAGUGGAUAUGAAGAGGCCCUGAAGAUCUUCCAGAAAAUAAAAGAUGAAAAAAGCCCAGAAUGGUCCAAAUAUUUAGGAUUGAUUAAAAAAUUUGUCACUGAUUCCAAUGCAGUGGUUCAAUUGAAAGGAUUAGAAGCUGCACUUGUUUAUGUUGAAAAUGCCCAUGUAGCAGGAAAAACCACAGGAGAAGUUGUGUCAGGUGUUGUGAGUAAAGUGUUCAACCAGCCCAAGGUGAAAGCCAAGGAGCUCGGCAUAGAGAUUUGUCUCAUGUACAUAGAAAUUGAGAAAGCAGAGGCUGUUCAAGAAGAGCUCUUAAAAGGCCUGGACAAUAAGAACCCCAAGAUUGUAGUGGCCUGUAUAGAAACACUGAGGAAAGCCUUAAGUGAAUUUGGUUCCAAAAUCAUCUUGCUAAAGCCAGUUAUCAAAGUGUUGCCAAAACUCUUUGAAUCUCGAGAGAAGGCUGUUCGAGAUGAAGCCAAAUUAAUUGCUGUGGAGAUUUAUAGAUGGAUUCGGGAUGCUCUAAGGCCCCCAUUACAAAACAUAAACUCUGUCCAGUUGAAGGAACUAGAAGAGGAAUGGGUCAAACUGCCAACAGGUGCUCCCAAACCCAGUCGAUUUUUGCGUUCCCAGCAAGAACUAGAAGCUAAACUGGAACAGCAGCAGUCGGCUGGUGGAGAUGCUGAGGGAGGUGGUGAUGAUGGUGAUGAAGUGCCGCAGAUAGAUGCUUAUGAGCUUUUGGAAGCAGUAGAAAUUCUUUCCAAACUUCCCAAAGACUUUUAUGACAAAAUAGAGGCAAAAAAAUGGCAAGAGAGAAAAGAAGCCCUGGAGGCUGUAGAGGUACUAGUGAAAAACCCCAAACUGGAAGCAGGCGAUUAUGCGGAUCUAGUAAAAGCGUUAAAGAAGGUUGUAGGAAAGGACACCAAUGUCAUGUUGGUAGCUUUGGCAGCAAAAUGUCUUACAGGCCUGGCUGUUGGGCUAAGGAAGAAAUUUGGACAAUAUGCAGGACAUGUUGUGCCAACCAUUUUGGAGAAAUUCAAGGAGAAGAAGCCUCAAGUGGUACAAGCCUUGCAGGAGGCAAUCGAUGCAAUCUUCCUUACUACCACACUACAGAACAUCAGUGAAGAUGUUUUAGCAGUGAUGGAUAAUAAAAAUCCAACUAUCAAGCAGCAGACAUCUCUUUUUAUUGCAAGAAGCUUCCGUCACUGCACUGCUUCUACACUGCCAAAGAGCUUGCUGAAGCCCUUUUGUGCUGCUCUUCUUAAGCAUAUCAACGAUUCUGCUCCUGAAGUCAGAGAUGCUGCAUUUGAAGCAUUGGGAACUGCUUUGAAGGUGGUUGGUGAGAAAGCAGUAAACCCAUUCUUAGCUGAUGUGGACAAACUCAAGCUGGAUAAGAUCAAAGAAUGUUCAGAAAAAGUAGAACUGGUACAUGGUAAAAAAGCUGGCCCAGGAGCUGAUAAGAAGGAAUUCAAACCUGUACCUGGAAGGACUGCUGCUUCAGGGGCUGCAGGAGAUAAGGACACGAAGGACAUUUCAGCACCCAAACCAGGACCCUUAAAAAAGGCACCUGCUACUAAGGCUGGUGGGCCACCUAAGAAGGGGAAACCAGCUGCACCAGGAGGCACAGGGAGCACCGGAACCAAGAACAAGAAAGCACUGGAGACCAAAGAAAUAGUGGAGCCCGAGCUCUCGGUAGAAGUAUGUGAAGAAAAAGCUUCAGCUGUCCUUCCCCCUACCUGUAUACAGCUGUUAGACAGCAGUAACUGGAAGGAAAGGCUGGCCUGUAUGGAAGAGUUCCAGAAGGCUGUUGAACUAAUGGACCGAACUGAAAUGCCAUGUCAGGCAUUAGUGAGGAUGCUGGCCAAGAAACCAGGAUGGAAAGAAACUAAUUUUCAGGUGAUGCAAAUGAAGCUUCACAUAGUCGCUUUGAUUGCCCAGAAGGGAAAUUUUUCUAAAACUUCAGCUCAGAUUGUAUUAGAUGGCCUUGUAGACAAGAUUGGAGAUGUGAAAUGUGGGAACAAUGCAAAAGAAGCUAUGACAGCAAUAGCUGAGGCUUGUAUGUUGCCAUGGACAGCUGAACAGGUUAUGUCAAUGGCUUUUUCACAGAAGAAUCCCAAGAAUCAGUCAGAAACUCUGAAUUGGCUGUCAAAUGCAAUAAAAGAAUUUGGUUUUUCUGGGUUGAAUGUGAAAGCUUUCAUUAGCAAUGUGAAGACAGCUCUUGCAGCAACAAAUCCAGCUGUGAGGACUUCUGCCAUCACCCUACUUGGUGUGAUGUAUCUGUAUGUUGGGCCUUCUUUGAGAAUGUUUUUUGAAGAUGAGAAGCCUGCCCUCCUAUCCCAGAUAGAUGCAGAAUUUGAGAAGAUGCAGGGACAAAGCUUGCCAGCUCCAACUAGAGGGAUAUCCAAACAUAGCACAAGUGGUACAGAUGAAGGAGAAGAUGGAGAUGAACCAGAUGAUGGAGGCAAUGAUGUUGUUGAUCUUUUGCCAAGGACGGAGAUCAGUGAUAAAAUCACUUCAGAGUUGGUUUCUAAAAUUGGUGACAAGAAUUGGAAGAUCAGGAAAGAAGGCCUAGAUGAAGUGGCAGGUAUUAUCAAUGAAGCAAAAUUUAUCCAACCAAAUAUAGGUGAACUUCCAACUGCCUUGAAGGGUCGACUCAAUGAUUCUAAUAAAAUCUUGGUGCAACAGACAUUGAAUAUCCUCCAGCAGUUGGCAGUGGCCAUGGGCCCAAACAUCAAGCAGCAUGUAAAGAACUUAGGCAUUCCUAUCAUCACAGUCCUUGGAGACAGCAAGAACAAUGUUCGAGCUGCUGCCCUAGCGACUGUGAAUGCUUGGGCAGAACAGACAGGCAUGAAGGAAUGGUUGGAGGGAGAAGAUCUUUCUGAAGAGCUCAAAAAGGAAAAUCCUUUCUUGAGGCAAGAGCUUCUGGGCUGGCUGGCUGAGAAACUGCCUACUCUUCGUUCCACCCCCACAGACCUUAUCCUUUGUGUUCCUCAACUCUACUCCUGCCUAGAAGAUCGAAAUGGAGAUGUGCGAAAGAAGGCCCAGGAUGCUUUGCCAUUCUUCAUGAUGCAUUUAGGAUAUGAAAAAAUGGCCAAGGCUACUGGGAAACUAAAGCCAACUUCUAAAGAUCAGGUAUUGGCCAUGCUAGAGAAAGCCAAAGCUAACAUGCCAGCCAAACCUGCUGCACCUGGUAAAGCAACUUCCAAACCAAUGGGAGGGUCAGCUCCAGCCAAAUUCCAGCCUGCAUCAGCACCUGUUGAAGAUGCUGUUUCCAACACCGUAGAACCCAAACCUGAUCCCAAAAAGGCCAAAGCUCCAGGAGUUUCCUCUAAAGUAAAGAGUGCACAAGGGAAGAAAGCACCGAGCAAAACCAGCCUAAAGGAAGAUGAAGACAAAUCUGGGCCUAUUUUUAUUGUUGUUCCAAAUGGAAAGGAGCAAAGGAUGAAGGAUGAAAAAGGAUUGAAGGUGCUGAAGUGGAAUUUUACUACCCCACGGGAUGAAUAUAUUGAGCAACUAAAGACUCAGAUGUCUAGUUGUGUGGCUAAAUGGUUACAAGAUGAGAUGUUUCACUCAGACUUCCAGCAUCAUAACAAAGCCCUGGCUGUCAUGGUUGAUCACUUGGAGAGUGAAAAGGAAGGUGUCAUUGGUUGCCUGGAUCUCAUCUUGAAGUGGCUUACCCUACGGUUUUUUGACACCAAUACAAGCGUCCUGAUGAAAGCACUAGAAUAUUUAAAAUUGCUCUUCACUCUGCUAAGUGAGGAGGAAUAUCAUCUGACUGAGAAUGAAGCCGCUUCCUUCAUUCCCUAUCUCAUUCUCAAGGUUGGAGAACCAAAGGAUGUCAUUCGUAAAGAUGUUCGUGCCAUCCUGAACCGGAUGUGCCUUGUCUACCCAGCCAGCAAGAUGUUCCCCUUCAUCAUGGAAGGAACCAAAUCCAAAAACUCUAAGCAAAGAGCAGAGUGCCUGGAAGAGCUGGGGUGUCUGGUCGAGUCCUAUGGCAUGAAUGUUUGCCAGCCAACCCCAGGAAAAGCCUUAAAGGAGAUAGCUAUUCACAUAGGAGACCGUGACAAUGCUGUACGCAAUGCUGCCCUCAACACCAUUGUAACUGUGUACAAUGUACAUGGGGAUCAGGUGUUCAAACUGAUUGGAAAUCUUUCUGAAAAGGACAUGAGCAUGCUUGAGGAGAGGAUUAAGCGGUCAGCAAAGAGGCCUUCUGCUGCUCCAAUAAAACAGAUGGAAGAGAAACCACAGCGCACACAGAGCGUAAGCUCCAAUGCCAACAUGCUACGCAAGGGACCAGCUGAGGACAUGUCUUCCAAACUCAACCAAGCCCGAAGCAUGAGUGGGCAUCCUGACGCAGCUCAUCAGAUGGUUCGCCGAGAAUUCCAACUGGACCUAGAUGAGAUUGAGAAUGACAAUGGUACAGUCCGAUGUGAAAUGCCAGAACUUGUCCAGCACAAACUGGAUGACAUUUUUGAACCGGUCCUUAUUCCUGAGCCCAAGAUCCGGGCUGUUUCUCCACACUUCGAUGAUAUGCACAGUAAUACAGCAUCCACAAUCAAUUUCAUUAUUUCCCAAGUAGCCAGUGGUGACAUCAACACAAGUAUCCAAGCUCUGACACAGAUUGAUGAAGUCCUGAGACAGGAAGAUAAAGCUGAAGCUAUGUCUGGCCAUAUUGAUCAAUUUCUGAUAGCCACAUUCAUGCAGCUAAGACUCAUCUACAACACACACAUGGCAGACGAGAAGCUGGAGAAGGAUGAGAUCAUCAAGUUGUAUAGCUGUAUCAUUGGCAACAUGAUUUCGCUGUUUCAGAUAGAGAGCUUGGCCCGGGAGGCCUCCACGGGAGUCCUGAAAGACCUGAUGCAUGGCCUCAUCACCUUAAUGCUAGACUCCCGGAUUGAAGAUCUAGAGGAAGGACAACAGGUGAUCCGCUCUGUGAACCUCUUGGUGGUGAAGGUUCUGGAGAAGUCAGACCAGACCAACAUCCUGAGUGCCCUACUUGUUUUGCUCCAGGACAGCCUGCUAGCAACAGCCAGUUCUCCGAAAUUCUCAGAGCUUGUUAUGAAGUGUCUCUGGAGAAUGGUACGAUUAUUGCCUGAUACCAUCAACAGCAUUAAUCUGGACAGAAUUCUUCUGGAUAUCCACAUUUUCAUGAAGGUCUUCCCCAAAGAGAAACUAAAACAAUGCAAAAGUGAAUUUCCCAUAAGGACUCUAAAGACCCUGCUGCAUACCUUAUGCAAAUUAAAAGGGCCCAAGAUCCUAGACCACCUAACGAUGAUUGACAACAAGAAUGAGUCAGAGCUCGAGGCCCACCUUUGCCGGAUGAUGAAGCACAGUAUGGACCAGACUGGGAGCAAGUCUGAUAAGGAAACAGAAAAGGGAGCAUCUCGAAUAGAUGAAAAAUCAUCGAAGGCCAAAGUGAAUGAUUUCUUAGCUGAGAUUUUUAAGAAGAUUGGCUCUAAAGAGAACACUAAAGAGGGCCUAGCAGAGUUAUAUGAAUAUAAGAAGAAAUACUCAGACGCCGACAUUGAACCAUUUCUGAAAAACUCCUCACAAUUCUUCCAGAGCUAUGUUGAAAGAGGCCUCAGGGUGAUUGAGAUGGAAAGGGAGGGCAAAGGCCGGAUUCCCACGUCAGCAGGCAUCUCCCCUCAGAUGGAGGUCACAUGUGUGCCCACUCCUACAAGCACGGUGUCCUCCAUAGGUAACACAAAUGGAGAAGAGGUGGGACCCUCUGUCUACCUGGAAAGGCUAAAAAUCCUUCGGCAGCGGUGUGGUCUAGACAAUACAAAGCAAGAUGACCGACCUCCGUUGACUUCUUUGCUCUCCAAACCAGCAGUUCCUCCCGUGGCCUCUUCCACGGACAUGCUCCACAGCAAACUCUCUCAGCUCCGGGAGUCACGGGAGCAGCACCAGCACUCGGACCUGGAUUCUAACCAGACUCACUCUUCAGGAACCCUGACCUCCUCUUCCUCCUCCACAACUAACAUUGAUGACUUGAAAAAGAGGCUGGAGAGAAUAAAGAGCAGUCGCAAAUGAAGCUGCCCACUCCCCGGCACCCUGCAGCUUUAGUUUACUAAACUAGGAGUCCUCAUAGCUGGAAGUGGCCUCACAGGCCGAGUGUGCACAGACUGGUGUGUGUGUGUGUGUCACACCGAGGAGCUGGGGCAGGAGUGGCCAUGGCACAAGUCUCUGCACGUGCUCUGCUUCUCUCUGCCACAGCUGCCCCUCUAGGAGGCUGACUGUGGGUUAGCGUAGUGUACAGACUUGUCAACAGCUGCUCUCCUCUCAGCCCACACUAGUUUCCAUAUCCUUUUUCUUUUAUUUCUAAUUGCUCAUUUGUAAAAUUGUCCUUAUCUUUCCUAGCUUUAUUAGAAGCUCUUUACUAGCUUUCCUUUGAGUUUGUGAGCUCUUCCCUCUGUAGCCCUGAAGGGUCACUGUAUUCUGUAUGAAUGCAUGGCAUGACACAACUAAUUUAAGAGUCUUUUAUAAAUAAAGUUUGCAUUAACUAUGCCUGUCUCCCAAGAUGCUGCA